AUGAUGACCCAGCUGUGAUAUCCAACAAUAAACAUAUCAAAUUGGGAGGCUUAUUCACCAUUUUGAAAUGCAAUUGGUUUUUCGAGUAUAGACUUCAUUUGCGCUAGUGUUAAUAACGGCCUCUCCUUUUGUUUUUACGGUAGUAUAGUUUUUGUCUUCUCAAUGACCAUAAGUCUAAUAGCUUUGACAUUUUUCUGCUAUAUCAAGAAAAAAAUUCAUCCAACUUUUAUUUCUAUUCCAAGAAAAAUUAUUCUAAUUUCAACAAAUAUUGGUCAUAUCCCUAUAAUGAUGAUACUAAUACUGUGAGUUAAAUUUUCGACUAAUCAAGACAGCAUAUCAGAUAAUUACCCUUAUGCAGCAAAAUCUUCAGGGUCUUUGAACUUUAAAGAAUCUCUGCAGGGAUUGGGAAUUUCCUCUAUUAUAAUUUUUAAUUUAAUUUUAAUAGCAGGUGAAAUUUUUUCUACUGAAACAAGACAUAGCAAUUUUGAAAAAAAUAUUGUACUCCCCCCCUUCGUGAGCGAAAAAAAUCAUUCGAAAAGUCCCUAUUUUUUUCCCAAAAGCCCACCCUCCGUGAGCGAACAAAAAUUUUUUUAAUAGAAAAUUUUUUGAUAUAUAAGUGAUAAUUAAUAUAACGAAAUCUCUAGCUAAUUCUGUUAAAUUUUAAACAAUUGCGUUUUAAAACAUAAAGUUUACAAAUUAAAUUAAUAUUUGCUUUCCAAUUUUUGCGAAUCGAGAUAUUUUAAAUUUUGAAAAAAAUAAAAUUUUACUAUAAAAUUUAUAUAUAAAUUGUUUAAAAAAAUUAACUCCCCUCUAUGAGCGAACAAAAUUGUUUUUCCCUCAUGGAGGGGGUGAGUUAGCAAGAACCAAAUCAUUUCCUGACGUUUUAGGAUGCAUUUGUAACAGUGUUUUUGUUUGUAUUUUCACAUUUAUUGAGAAAAAAUUCUGGAUCUACGGACUUUACUUAUUUGCGAUUAUAUAUUUUAUAAUUGGAUUAAUGUUUUAUAUAGAGCUUCCUUAUUACAAUUCUAUAUCAAAUUAUAUCAAAGUUGCAAGAUAUUUUAUGUGCUCAUUUACAGCUUGUUCUUUUAUUCUUGGGAUGUAUAUGAACAAUGCCCAAGUUAUUUUCCUGAUGGCUCUUGUAAUAAAUCCUUUACUUACCCUUAUUAGCCUUUAUUUUUUAAAUAGAAGAAUCAGCAAUCUCAUAAUAAAAGUCCCAAGAAAUCAAUUUUCUUUUGAGUUGAAAAUUCGAAAUCAACUAAUAACUCCCAAUUUUGAAAAUAAACAGGAAAUCAUCAAAAAAUUUUCUGCAUGCUUUUCCGACAAAAAUUUUAAGCUUGGCAAGCUGCUUGGCAUAUGGGAAGCUUAUUAUUGUGCAGAUGUCCUCAAAGAUGUAAGACUUGCAACAAUAAAACUGGCGCGAGUUCAUGAAAUAAAUUCAAAUAUUGAAGAAUUUUAUCAAGAAUUUAUUUGCAGGAAAAAUUUGAAGGUUGAAGGUUUUAUCAUGUAUGAAGAUACUGCUUUUUUGAAAUAUCUGAAAAAUAUGAAUAAAGCAAAAAAUGAUGAUAAAGAGAUGCUUUUUGACAUAUUAAAUUUUUCAGAUGAAAUUAGUUUAAGAAUGCCUAAUGUUGACAGAAUUCAAGAAUAUUCAAAAGCAAUUUCGUAUAAGAUGAAAUUUUUGAAAAAAAAAUAUUCAAAACUUGUAUUAAGCUUUCCUAACAUGAUAAUAUCAAGAAGGUUAUAUGGAUCAUUUUUAAGAGACAUUAUGAGUGAAAAAGAUCAUAAUUAUUUGAUGUUUAUUAAUAAUGGUACCGCUCAGCAGUCUCCUGUAAAACUCAAUGAUAUAAGUAAAAUAAAUACUUUUGAUGAGAUGCAUGGGAUUCUAUGGACAUCUGCAGAGAAAACUAGCUUUGGGGAUAUAAUUUAUGUAAAUGAGAUUUUUGCACAGAUACUUGGAUACACUUCUUUGUCUUCAAUAGAGCGAUAAGUAGCACUUUUGGGUUAACCAACGCGUUUCUGACACGUGCUAUGUCGGUUUCUAUUUUCUCUUAUGAAAACAAAAGGAAAGGUUCUGAUUUUUGCGGAUUGAGAAUCAUAAUUGAUGAAAGUGCUGACUUUGAACAUCUGCAACAAAUCCGUUUUCAUAUAUGGAAAUAGAAAUCGAAAUUCCUCGUGCCAGAAACUGCUGGUUAACCCUAAAAAUGUUUCUUAUCGCUCUAUUGGAGAUAAUAGGCAUAUAGCCCAAUACAGCUUUCGCUCGCCUGGGCUAGCAACUUUCUCUCUAGCUUGUAGAGUUGGCUUGCAACCAAAAUUUUCCCAAAUCAACUCCACAAAUUGGCAAAUGGCAAUUAUAAGCUCAUUUCUCAACUUGUGGAGUUGGUCUGGCAACUUUCAGUGCAAACUAAAUCCACGAUUUUGAGGAAAGUUAUUGGCCCAGGGAAAGCUAAAACCAUCCUGGGCUAUAUCAAAUGAGUGAUCUUUUAGAUUCCUCACUUAACGCUUACUUACUUAUAUAGACGGGCUCGUGCCCUUAAAUUUUACGCAAUCACCGAGGAUCCUUUGUGGGAUUCAUCCGCUUUGCGACCUCCCUCUCAUACCUGUGAUGAGAGUACUGAGGCUUCCUCCUUGCCUCUUGUAAAAGGCUCCAGUAUUGAGUGGGCAGACUACGGGUUUGUACGGCCUCCUGAGGCUGUAGUUGACGAUGUUGGCAUUCCGAAAUUCCAAAAAUGGAAUUUUUGGUAGCCUAUCGGCAAAAGGGUUAAGUCCAGAUCCCUGGGACGUAACGCCGAGUUUCACGCUAGUCAGUUGCCCGAUUGGUCUAGGUAUUAUCUGUAGACUCCGCUGGGCUUGCCCUUUCCAAAUCUGAACUCUCCUUUCCUUCGAGGUAAAAACUAGUAGCCGAAUUAGACUUGGGCUAGGUUCUGCGCUCCUGCAGAAUUAGUUGCCUAGCAUUGCCGUCUUAUCAGGCUAGAAAAACCUUGCCGGAUAUAAUUAAAAUAUGGGUCGGAGGCUAUAUGGCCCGGAGGCCAUACCUAGACGAAGACGCCAUAUUUUUAAUUAUAUUCCUCACUUAACGCACUAAUACCAUUUCCCUUUUUAGAAUCUCAUAAUAGAGUGAUGAAGAAAUAUAUUGAGUCUUGCAUAGAUCUGGAAGUUAAAGUGCCAACAUCCCUUUUUAUGAAAAAUAAAGCAGACCUUCUUGUUGAGUGCACAAUUAGAAGCCGCUUUAUAGCAUUAGGCAGUUAUCGUUUUUUUUUAUCCUCUAUUAGCCAAAUUGAUACAUCAAGAGAAUGUGCACUUUUAGCAGAAGAUUACACUAUCUAUAAUUAUACUAGCAAUUUUAUAUCAUGGCUUAAUACUCCACAUGAGAGCAUUAAAAAUUGUAAUAUAACUGAAUAUAUUCCUGAAUAUGGAAAAAUUGCAAAAACUCCUUUCGUGCCAUAUAUAGUAACGAUUCAUGGUAAAAAAGUAGCAAUUGUUCAUGAAGUAAGAAAGUUUACAACUCUAAACAUGAAUAUUGCUCUUAUAAUUUCAGAUGCUGAAGAAAUUUCUGUAUGGACUCAAGGUGUUCAUGAGGAUCAAACUGUUUACCAUUGUGGUGGGGAAAGAACAAAUAGCAAAUUAACUGAAGCUUUAUCAACUGAAAUAUAUGGGAAAAAAGACAUUGAAGAAGAAUUAAAAGCAGCUUCUGAGCUUACAUCAAAAUCAGCUAAUAAAUACAAAAGUAAAUUAUCAGAUAUAGAAGAAAGAUCAGCUGGGGCUAGCAGUACGCUAUCAAAAUUUUUUAGAAAUUUAAAAGCUGGAAGCCAGCACAAUCUAAUUAAUCAGUCAAUUCUGGCAAUAAAAAUUUUUGGGUGGGUGGUAUUCUGAACUGUAAAAUAUAUUUAGAUAGUAGCAAUUAUAAUUGCAAGUACGGUCCAACUUAUAGACAUAUCCCUAAGAUAGCCCGAUAUGGGCUAGGGUAGAGACCAAAACUUCCCACUUGGUUCGGCUAAAAUGGGCUGGUCGAACCAAGUGGAAAGUGGCAAAUAAUUGGUUCGACCAAUCCAUCUUGGCCGAACCAAGUGGGAAGUUUUGGCCUCUAUCCCUAGCCCAUAUCUGGCUAUCUUAGGGAUAUGCCUAUAUCUACUCAUCUCAAGAAAUUUAUGCAGCUUCUUCCAUAAAUACAAUCAGUGAUUUAGGACAAGUACUUUACACCCUUGCGAAUAUUGCUAUAAAUGCAAGAUUAAGUGAUUGGUCAAUGAGAGUUAAAUCAAGUAAUAUUGAUUAUAACUUGAGAAUUGUUAGUGAUAGCUUGGAUCAGCUAAAAGAUGCAGAGUCAAGCCUACUUGAAAAUAGUGGCGACUGAGCAUACUGCUCAAGCACCAAUUUGAUAAAUAUUCAGGUCAUUCCCACAUGAAUCUAUAUUAAUAACGACACAAUGGUUCUUUCGAAAGUUAACCUUAUUGAUGGAAUUCAAGAAUUUGUUAAACAUGUAAUUUUUAACAUAGGGAGUCCAUUAUUUAUCAGUUGCAUAUGAUUUAGAUGCUCAUUUAGGAGAUUUGUACUUUUUGGUUAGUAAUGGGAUUGGAGGUUUUUAUGGUUAUCUCAAUCAAACUUUUGAUUCUCUUGUAGAUUGUGAAAUCCAAAAAGUGAACGCUUUAAACCAAAAUAUUUAUAUUUUAUAUGCUUUUGAUAUGAUGGUAUUGAUAAUUGGGUUGAUUGUUCUCACAUUCUUUGGCAUAAGAUUAAAUAAAAUGCAAAAUAAGCUAUGAACAUUUUUAAUUGAGCUUUCCCAAUUAGUUGUCCAAAAUAUUAGAGAAAACUGCAUCAAUAGGCUAUAUGAAGUUCAUGGAUAUGAUGCAAUGCAAAUAAAGCCAGAAAUAGUAUUCAAAAAAGGAAUUCGCAUAAAGGCCAACUAUAUUUGGUCUGUCUUGUGAAGAAUAUCAAUCAUAUUUAUCUGUGCUUUGGUGUUUGAAGCAGUCAGAACAUUUGUCUUAUAUGAAAACUGUCAGCAGUUAUUGAUAAAGAGAUCAGAUUUCCUAAAAAUUGCUACUCUUAGAAGAAAUUACAUGGUUGAGCUUAAUAUGUGGUUUAGGGAAGCCAACGGUGUAGCAAGAAAUCUGACUUGAUACCAAUUUUUUCCUGAAUCUUAUCUCUUUGAAAAUUGGCACAGCGAGUUUUAUUCACUUAUGGAUAAGAUAAAAUAUGUCAACAACUUGUAUCAUUCAUCUGAAUACAUGGAGCUUUUAUCAGAAAACACAACAAAUGAGAUAUAUUCUAAUUCCACUUAUCCUGGCUUUCCUUUUUUAGACUAUGGGACUUAUGCCUCCUACAAUUUAGCACUUCAAGAUGUGUACCAAUCUGCAUUUGCUGCAUAUAGUACAAGAUAUGCAUAUAAUUUCACAACAUUUACAGUGGCUAAUGAGAAUGCUGUUAUAAAUAAAAUUAAUCAAGAUACAAAAGAAAAGGUCACUUCUCAAGUCAACUUCAUUUUUUAUUUAUCUUUGCUCUAUAUGAUUUUAUCUUUUGUGGCAUGCUUUGCGUAUUAUAUUCCCUAUCUGAGGAAUGAAAUUAAAAAAUUGAGAGAGCUUCAAGAUCUGAUUUAUCUUCUAGAAGCACCGCUGGUUUAG